AUGAAGGGGGAAGAGUGGUGGGCACGGGCCGUGUCCUUCCUGGUCUUCAUCGGUGCAGCCCCAAACACGGUGCACCGCGCACAGGCACACGCAGGGUCAUCAUCACAGCAACAGCAACAGCAGCAGCGACAGCGAGCCUGCCUGCCUCUGCACAUCACAUGA